GCCACUCUGUACCUGUCUGUCUGUCUGACUGCCUACAGUUCCCUUUAGGCUCGGGUCAGAUACCCUCUCUCAAAGUUUCAUCCCAUCCGCCUCGCCGCUUCCUUCCUUUCCCCAACGCAGCCAUGAGGACCACUGUGGCUGUCGCCGUUGUCAUGGUGAUGUCGUGCGUGAUGAUGGUGGACGCGGACGUGAAGCCGCAGAGAGAUUUCAACCUGCAGCUGUUUGCAGGGAGAUGGUACCGGGUGGGCCUGGCCUAUGACUCUCCACAUUUCACCCCCUUCAGAGACAAACUGAAGGCCUCCCAGGGCAUCGUCACAGCACUGGCAAACGGCAAUGUUAACCUCACGAUGUGGGACGUCACACCUUAUGGUUGUGUGAGAAAGGUGUACAACUAUGAGAAGACCACUGUGGCUGGACAGUUCACCUACUUCAGCGCACGACAUAACAUGGUGAAGGACAUCACAGUGGUGGACACAAACUACACUGAUUACGCUGUGGUUCUCAAACACAAGGUUUUUAACAGAGAGUACACACAGGUGGCGCUUUACGGUCGCUCUCAAACGGUCAGACAUGAUGUCGUUAAUAAGUUUAAGGCUUUUGCCUUGUCCCAGGGUUUCCCCAGAGACUCUAUUCUGACUCCACCAGCAGCAGAAAAUUGCCCUGCAUCAAGAACUGGACGUUAGGUUCCCUGAUGUACCUGAUGGUGGCAUGCUUAUUCUGAUGCUCUGUGGUCGCCAGUUCACCUUUUCCCAGCAUUUACUCUGAAGUACUUCAAAGAACUCUCUCUCAGCAAACAUCAUCAUUCUGGCUACAAAGAUGACAAAUAGCAAAUAUUGCUGAUGAAAUGUAUACAUCAUUCUCUUUUAUGUAGUGUUUUACAUUAUUUGCAUAGUUCUGCUGCGCUGACAUAGUUAAAUAAACAAUAUUAACCUCCUAAAAA